AUGAUUACUCGCAACUUUUUCGCUUGGAAUCCGAUUCACAAGGACCAUGCCACACUGGCAAGGUCCGUGAAGGGUAGCUACAUGAAUUGUUCGGCACUCAUGAACUUGAUGGAAGUUAAAAUGGAUCAAAUUCAAGGUAAGCUCAACUCUCUUCAAGCUUUCCCCCUCACAACAUGGCUGACCAGUGUGGUCUGGGUGCAGAUGGAACUCUCCUUGACGCCAGUCAAAUCCGAUGGUACAACAAUCCCGACGACGAUACUCCACUGCCUGUGCUUCCCGCUCAGGCACAUCGCUCAACUCGUAUCCCACGCCCUGCACCCAAGCUUGUUGACCCCAACAACUGCUGUCUUGCGCAAACGCAAGGCUAGCAGGUCAGUGGUCACGAGUGAGGGCUCUGAGGGGGAAAGUGACUGUGAAGGAGACCAGGAUAAUGGGGUAACUACGGAUGCAGCUACUGACAUGGAUCAUGAGACAGAUAUCGACGGCAUCACCCCCUCCGAGCCUGCUUCACAGUAG